CAGGACUCGGGUGCAGUCUCCCAGUGCUGAGGAGCACACACACACAAAAAGAACUGUUACUGUACACUUUUGUCAUCUCGGGAAGUGGGGGGCUCAUUCGCUUUACAAGUCAUCCGCCAUCUUGACGCCACUUCGAUCACCCCUGCGCAGCAGCCCAUGUGGGAGUUUGGCCUAGUUUGGCCCUGACUCUGAUUCUUGACCGCAAGAGGGGCUUUCGUGACCGCCACGGAAGAGGGUACAAAAUGACGCACUUGUCCGUCAACGAUCACUUGGAGGGGAUCCUCUCCGACUUUGAAGCCUUGAAAAGGUCUUUCGACAUGGAGGACAUCGACGACACUCCCGUGUUUUCACCAACGUCUACACAUAGCUCCGCCUUCAGUCCAAAUCCAAAUAAUGUAACCCGAGCCAGCAACGGGGACAGCCAACUAUCUGCUGGAUCCCACCAGCCACUCUAUCAGUCCCGCAUCCGCAUCAGCUCAGGCUGUAGCCCGUCCCAGAGUCCGGUCCUCAAGAGCAGGAUCACCAGCAGCUUGUCCUUCAACCGUGGUACGAUGCAAAUGGACAAGACCAAUGGAUCGGCGGGGCAAGGCCUCACUCGCGUUUCUUCGUUCCAGACUCGGCUCCAUCCCAGCGGCUUUUCAUCUUCUGGACAUGGAAGCGAUAGCGAAAGUCUCCACAGUUCCACUUCUAGCUUGGAGUGCCCGCCACCUACCAAACCCUUCCAGCCAAUCCGUCCAACGCAGAAUUCGGUGGGCCAGCAUGGGUCUGGCAUCACCAUUUCUAAUGUGACCAGUCCAGUCCUGAAGAAGUUUUCAUCACAUGGAAAUGUGUUUCACUCAGAAAUCGAGCGGCCAGGGGUCCGUCUGGUGCCCGUGACUACUAAAAACCACGGUUCUUUGCCAUCUCUUGACCUUCACAUUGCCGAAGACAAUGUUCCUGACCUGGUUCCUUCUCCAGAUGCUGGCUAUCCACCAUCAGAAGGAUGGAGCUCUCCCACUCCAGAUUACAAGCGACCUUCUUCAAGGAAUGCCAAAUCCAUAAGCAGGGAACCUUCAUUCUCCUCAUCUUCAUCUUCUUCUUCACCUCCCACUGAUUGUGCACCCAUCAACUGUGACAUGGCUCCUUCCCCCUCUCCACCGCCCAUCUUUGGUCCUCUUCAACAAACUAUUCUUCAGAAGUUCCCAUUGUCUCUUCAGAGCCCUUUUGGAAAACCUAAUGGUUCCAUCCCAGAGCAGUUCAAUAGGCCAUUGCCUCGGACACAGCUUAGAGUUAACCUCAACUCCACACCUGGCGUAUCUCCUCAAGGAAGCAAGGAGAAGACAGAUGUCACCUUAAAAAGUCAACCACAGAUCGCAUCUAUCGGGAGGUCAAACUCCCUUAACUAUAAUGCUCCACCCAUUUCAGGUUCUCGUCUGCCACCUUCCAUCCACCAGGAUUCUCUUCAAGAGUCAAACUUUAACCAUAACAUGAAGCCAUCCGAAUUUCAUUCCUCAAGUGAACGACUCCGCUCCCUGAUGCAGAGAGCAAAUUCUUUCACCAAAGCUGACAAUGUUCAGAAUCAGUACGUCAGAGAUGUUUCGGCCAACGAGAAGUCAACUGGGCACUUGGCUGACCCUCUCAAAACUGUUAAAGAACCCUCUUUCUAUCAAAAAUCCUCUUUGUCUACCCGAAUACAAGGGAAUGGACAUUCGGCAUCUAUGGCCUACCUUCAAGGUAACCAACAAAGCCAGAGGUUCCCAGACGCUGUCUUGGAUUCCAGAAAUGGUGUUCCGUCUAUAAAGAACUGCCUUCAGAGUGAGCCCCAAAAUAUGGAACCACUUACUGUAACUCCUUUCAAACAAUCCGAAGGCCCGCUGAGAUUGUCUGAAGACUUUGAGGAGGAAAAUUUUAAGGUCACAGAUUCAGGUUUGGAAGGUCAGGUCAGUCUUUGUGUGCGGGUGGUGUACGUCCAGGUCAGUCUUUAUGUGCGGGUUAUGUACGUCCAGGUCAGUCUUUAUGUGCGGGUGGUGUGCGUCCAGGUCAGUCUUUGUGUGCGGGUGGUGUACGUCCAGGUCAGUCUUUGUGUGCGGGUGGUGUACGUCCAGGUCAGUCUUUGUGUGCGGGUGGUGUGCGUCCAGGUCAGUCUUUGUGUGCGGGUGGUGUACGUCCAGGUCAGUCUUUGUGUGCGGGUGGUGUACGUCCAGAUAUCAUUGGACGUGUAUGAGGAGAAGUGUCUGCACUUCCUGUUUCUUAUCUUCAUCCUCUUCUUCUCGGAUUCGUCUCUGUUCAGUAAAGAUUUAGGGAACUUCCAGACGUACAUUUUGCAUUUAUAUCAGAGAAUUAGUUUUUUCUGCUGGUUCCAGUUCCCGGUCAUGCUGGUUUGCAGCGUCAGCUGUUUGCUGAUUCGUCCUUUGGCCGGGAACAAGUGA